GGGACGUCUUCAACGCAUCAAUGCAGCAGCGCCAUCUUGUCAACUGGGGGAGAGAGUUUGCAUCGGGGUCCGGAUUCAUGUCAUGAGGGUGGUAUCUUGAGGGGUUGUGUUGAGUAUUGGCCCUGGCCAGAUCUUCAGUCGCUCACUUGGCUCUUCCUUGACAUCAUGAAGAUGGACGCUCGAUCCGGUAUGAAGCUCGCGGUGGUUCUGCUCGUUCACCUGGCGCUCUGCGCGUCUCCUGUGUUCGGUGCCCCGCCUGGAGGAUGGAUAAAUGGGCGCAUCACGUACUAUGGUUCGCCAAAUGGCGGAGGGACGCAGGGCGGUGCUUGCGGGUAUCAGAACACUGUAUCGUUGGGAUAUGGCUUUAUGACAGCAGCACUGAGUACCACUCUGUUUAAAGGUGGAGCGGCCUGUGGUGCGUGCUACCAGCUGCAGUGUGCCCCAGUCAGCGAAACCCCGAGUGGGUUACUCAAGAGGAACUGGUGCUGGCAGGUGGGUAGAAGCAUUCUCGUCACCGCUACCAACCUCUGUCCUCCAGGCUCUUCAGGAGGAUGGUGUAACCCUCCGCAGCACCAUUUCGACUUGCCAAUGCCUGCCUUCUUGGCCCUCGCUAGGCGUGAAGGGGGUGUUGUUCCAGUCUACUACCGGAAGGUGAAUUGUGCGAGGAAGGGUGGAAUUCGAUUCACUGUGGGAGGCAAUCCUUGGUUCUUGAUGAUCCUUAUUCACAACGUUGGCGGGGCAGGUGAUGUGGUAGCUGUCAAGGUUAAGUGCCCCACCUCCGGAUGGUAUGACAUGUACCGGAACUGGGGUGCAUUAUGGACUGUGCAGAAGAAGAUGAAUGGGCCACUUUCCUUCGCGAUCACAACGAGCGACGGGCGCACGGUGACCACCUACAAUGCGGUGGGCAACGGUUGGAAGUUCGGGCAGACCUGGGAGGGCGCCCAAUACAGGUGAUCGACGCGUACUUCCAGGUCGCAGAGAGAAUUCGACGGACGGAUGAUCCCCUACACGAUUUUUUUAGAAUUAUUUAUCUGCUUAUUUUUGUUUACGAGCCGAAGUCUAGGCGGAGCAGGUGGUACACGCAGUGCGUAGGACUUUCUGGAAUCAACCUAGAUCUUCAGAUCGGUAAUAGUUCGUGUUUUCUCCUCCCAGUGAUGAUCCGCGCUGAGCUUGCAUCAGUCGGUAGGCCGCGCUAGAGAUCGAAAGGCACGGAACGUCGAAUAUUAUCCUCUCGGCACAGAGUCGAGGGUCUCUUCUUGCCAGUCUUUCGGAGCUGGUCAUGGAAUUAGUUUGUCCUUGUAGCCUGAAAGGAGUCCAUGUUCUGCAGACGCUAUUUUUACUUAGCAAGGGGAGUAAUUGUGUGUAUGGUACCUACCUGCAUGUGGCUUGAGCAGUGCUGAUUGAUGUCUGCCGCCUUGAUCUAGUGUCUAGUUUUAUGUUCUUUAGCUGGCUAGUUUUUGUGCUGUAUCGCACAGUUUUCAACACCCUAUAAUAUAUUACGAAACUCCCAUUCUUA